AUGGCUUCCUGUUCGCCACACUUCACUUUCUCUCCCCUACUUUCUCUCUCUAGAACCUCAUCCUGCGCGGCCCGAGGCUUCCUCAACCUGAGAACCGUACGACGUCGUUCGCUGCAGAUUCGAGCUGCAGCGGAGGACUUGAUUGGCGAUUUUGGGGCGCGGGACCCUUUUCCGGCCGAGAUCGAGAGCAAUUUCGCGGAUAAGGUGUUGGGGAAUGUGAGCACCGAGCACAAGAUUUUGAUCCCAAUUGCGUCGGCGCUGUCGCUGGCGCAGCAGGAGUGCGCCCCGAUUUCCCAGCUUCAGCAGCCCAUGUCCGAGGACGAUGCCAAAAAGCUUAUGUUCAAGGUUUUUCUUCAGCUCGAAAUUCACCUCCAAUAUUGCACUUCAUUUUUGCACUACUCUGAAAAUAUGAACACUUUGGUUUGGUUCAUGAAUGGUGAAAUAUUGGAACAGGCAUUCAGGGUUGUAGGCUGGAGACUUGUAAAUGAAGAAGGCAGUCUACAGCUGCAAGGUGUGUGGAAAGUUAGAGAUACUAAAUGUGGGGAAGAACUUUUAAAUAGGAUAAUAAAGGCUGUGGAGCAUACGGGCCAUCUUCCGACUCUUCAUUUGGAGGCACCCAAUCAAGUUCGGGCUGUAUUGUGGACAUCCUCAAUUGGUGGGUUGAGCUUGAACGACUUCAUUGUGGCAGCUAAAAUCGACGAGAUAAAAGUAUCAGAUCUACAGCCUAGACAAAGAGUUUGGGCAUAAAAUCUGCGUGCGGCAAACGGGGCAAGUCCUCGCUGUCCCCUCGCACAUCGAGCAUACGCACACGUGGCGGCACGGCAACAUCAUCACCGUGGCCCGUUGCCUGCUGCAGGCCCAACAGUCGAUCCUAACGGGCCUUAGCCCAUUGUCCGAGUCUACAUUAGUGGACGAGUUUGUGUCCUCAUGGGCCUUGUCCCCGUGCCAGUGGGCCUUGAGGUUCGUGGUGGCCUGCUCCAAGUGCUCCACCAUGGCCCGCAAGUGCUCGACCUCUUUUCUGUAAUGCUCGGCCUUCCUUGCCAGCUCUAUGUUCUGGGCUGACUUUAUUUGCAGCUCGACUUCUUUUUGCUUGAGCUUCUGUUGGGCCCGCUCGUCCGCGGCCCGAUGGAUGGCCCGAUGCUGCUUCUCCAGUACGCCCCCGAGGGCCUGCCUGAGGAUAUCAGUCUGCAAUGGAGUAAAAAAUAAAAAAAAC